AUGGUCAAAUGGCCAACUCAAUUGUACCAGAUAAUGUAUCGAGAGAAUGUCAAAACGUUCAGGGCGCCUAUAUCAAUUUCCAACCAGUCUCACUGAGCUUUACAUUCAGCUUCAAUUUCAAAAUAACUGGAAUACCAGAUAAGCCACUCAGGAUACAGGAAUACCACUUCGGCGUUACUUCGGCUUCAGUUACUUUAGGAACCGCUCGAUUGGCACCGGCUUCGUUUGUUUACCACGGCACGACCAAUGUGACAGCUGAUAUGUGCACUCACAACUUCAGUCGAUCAUCUCCCUACAGUGAUUUAGUUUCGUGCAAGCACACACUUUCAUCAUUCUCUCUGCCUCCUCUGCACAAUGGCGAAAGGUUUUGCGCACAGUUUGAGGCAAAGGGCGGGGGUUAUUUUGUACCAUUUGACGCCCUGAAUAAUAAGGCUCUUUCUACUAGAAUUUAUUACAACGAUACUACUGCAUCUCAUGUAGUAUGCAUGAAAUUUGACUCAGUUGCUCCUUUACAUUGCUCGGCUAAUGAGACGUGUAUAUGGGCGCCUUUGCACGUUCCCCAGCGCAUUACCAGAAAUGGUCGACUGUCUUUGUCAUUUGAAGGCUGGUCUGAUCCGUCUACAUCUGUUCAAGACCAAGCAUCUGGCAUAGAACACUACGAAAUCCACGUACAUAAGGUUGCCGACGGUGGCAAUGACAUGUUAAUGGUAAAGCACGAAAGUACUCUCAAAUACGUGACAACAAAUACAACUAUUGAUAUUGAACUCCCUGAUCAACCGGAGUUGUAUGCUCUCUUACUGACCGUUAAGGACAUUGCCGGAAAUGUGAAUCAAGCGCGUCGUUUUGUGCUGUAUGACAACUCUUCACGAGUGGAAGUCAACGAGCACAAACCCUUUACACUGUCAUCAGCCAAUUCAGGUGCCAAAUACCUGUGGCAAGGCAACCAUAUUCCGAUCCAGCUAAAAUGGGAAGAUCAUUUUCAUAAUACUCAUCACUUCCAUCACAACCAGUUACGACCCAUACGGAAUAACACGAACAAUUCUGUUGCGUAUGAUCAAAUCACCGGUGAUCUUCCCAUUACCGGUUCAGUGAAUAUUCACGGCAUCGUCAACUUCCAGUACUCAUUUCAACGACAACUACCUUCGCCUACACCUGCAUCGGCGUUUCAAAACGUCCCGAACUUUCAAGAUCAGUCACUGAAUCUGUCUGAGAUCAGUCCCAAAGAUGGCGAAAGUUACACCAUCUUCAUAAAAGCUAUAGAUAUAAUGAACAAUACGCUGGUGGACAAUGUCACAGUCUACAUUGACAGCUCGGAACCAGAGAUUUCUAACAUGUGGUUGGUUAGAGACGGUCAUAAGCAGCUCUAUGUUCACAGCGGGACAGAUCUCUCCAAAAUGACACUCCAGUUCAACGCCAAGGAUCCAGAAAGUGGACUGUACACUGUCAAAUGGAAACUGGGCACGGAGCGGUACAGUAGUGACAUUGGAAAUGGGUCCGAGAGUGUCUUUCCCUAUAAGGGUGAACACCCCGAUCCAAACUGCCAUUACUGUCCAGCCGUCGGUCCAUGUGAAUUCUGCAACUACACCAUUGGGCUUCACUCCCUUGUAGCUGAUAAGACGCACAUAGGGCAGCAUAAUCGCAAGUAUCAUUUUACUAUCGAAGUAAUUAAUAACGCCAUGCUUGUGACCACAGACACAUUGGUUGUACACGUGGACGAGUCGCCUCCAAUGGUAGGCACAGUCCUUGACGGUCCAUCCGGAAAAGACAGAGAUUUUCAAACUGAUUUAACCAUACACGGGCACUGGUAUGGCUUCUAUGACCACGAAAGUGAUAUAGCGACGUAUAAGGUGGCAAUAUCACCACAGUGUCUUUCCAAAGAGCGCCUUCUGAAAAGUCAGCCAGGAAAUGAGACUAAAUUGACCACCCUAACAUCGGCCUCAUUUCUUGCACCACAACCGGGUCAUUACGUUUUCUCAGUUAUAGCAUUAAACAAUGCGGUGGAACCUUCAGAAGUUGCCUGCUCUGAUGGCAUUGUAAUAGACACAUCCCCACCAGAAAUCUACAAUGUUCGAUUACCAAGUGGACGCAUUCGCAAUACUUUAGUAUGUGACGGGGACACAAUUUGGCUACUUACACAUAACUUAACAAAGAGCAAGCUCUUGGGAAGAGCACCAGAAUGUAUUGAAAGGUGUUUGCAAGGUGUUCCCGUGUCCAUCUUUCCAGAAAAAGAAGUGAAAAAUAUGACCAUUCACAACUACACAGAAUUAAAGACAAUGUGCUCGGAAGCUCAAAAUAUUUCCUUUGAGAUCGCUUUACCAACUGACGCCGUUAAUUUGCUGUGGGAGGCGUAUGAUAAAGAAAGUCAGAUACAUGGAUUUGAAGUCGGUAUAUCGUCCAACGAUGGAAAUAUUUUAAAUCCAGACAUUGUAGGGUUUCAUUCCACUCACAACCACACUUAUUUCAAACGGUCACAUUCUGGACUUGGGGAUACGUCAAGAUUCUUCCUUGUGAUCAAAGCAAAAAAUAAAGCAGGUUUAUCAAACACUGCAUCACUUGGGCCUAUUCGUUUGCACGAAUCUCCACCGACGUUUGUUGGGAAGCCGAUCAUUGGUAUUGUUGACAGCAGUGUUGUGAUUAUUUGGAGAAUUAAUCAAUUACUGGACGGAGAGGGAGCAACAAUAGAAAUAGCAGUUGGUACUUAUGAUGAAGAAGAGGCUGUACAACACUUCAAGACAGUAACAGGCAGUUGUUCUAAUGUUACACACUUCUGUGAAGAUCUAGAGAUGUCUACACUACAAGAAUUUGAGCGCGAAUUCGGAAUCGACUUUGUCAUUUUCGUCAGAGUUACCAACGCGGCUGGUCUUUCGCGAGUCGUUGCCUCAAGCUCUAUUCAACUUCCAACAGCCUUGAAGCCAGCAGUAGGUCGCGUCUAUGAUGUCGAACCAAAUAACACACUGGAAGACAUAGACUUCAUCCUUUCUCCGAGAACAGUAUGUGCAGCCUGGCAAGGCUUUGACCAUCAUAAAGCCGAUGUCCAUUACUCGGUUGGUAUAGGGAGACGACAAGGGGUAAUAGAUUUAAUGACGUAUCAUGACAUUCCAAUCGCCAAUAAAACGAUGUUCUGUGUGAACACAACCAGUCUGCCUAAUGGCACGAAGCUCUUAUUUACCGUGAACGGCAGCACACCCGCCGGCACAGUAUCUGCAUCUUCAGAUGGAUUUAUUAUCAUCAACCCAAAAGAGUACAAGCCAUUGAUGGUAUUUGAUGGUACAAGGUGUAGGAAGCCUCGCUUCAUAUCUGAAGUGUCACUGAUAAUAGCAGCGGGAAAAAGCAAAGAACUCCACGAUUUGGUCACUAUCCAUGUCGGUUCUCAUUAUACCGUAUGGCUCAACGUUUCAAUACACCAGUCAGACAUACCACAUUUAAUCUUCCCUUCAUCGAGUGAUUACAGCUUUGAGAAAACAGAUAUUUGGCCAAGUACUGGUUUUGGACAGAUAAUUGCAGUAACAAUUUUCCCUAUGGCGAGAAAUAUUUCGUUUGUCAUACGGAAUGACGGAAACAAGACUGUUUAUAUCCAUGACUAUGCCAUUUCACAUUGUGCUGUUGAUCUGGUGUUUCAAACUUCGCUGAACGCGCUAUCGGGCCAUUGGUACUUUCAUGAAGGGAUCUCUAAACCUCUGUUCCAUUUUGAAUGUGCCGUGGGCCAAGCUGAAUGCACCGAUGACGAAAAAGACUGUGACGCCUUGUCAUUUGUGACCCCUUUUGUAAUCACUGGACUACAGUCUGAAUAUAAGUUUUCUAAUCUUGAUCUUCAGGUCGGUCGCCGCUACUUUUUUGUAGUGCGUCGAUGUUUCCAUGCUAUAUGUCUUUCUGAGUCUCGUUCGGACGGGGUGAUUAUUUCCCACAGGUCUCCUUUAGUCGGGUUACUGAGCGUGAAUGCUUCUAGUCAGCGGACUUCUUCAAACAGUUUGGAGAUGGAUAUAAAUAUCAAAUGGGAACGCUUUAUCCUCUUCGGCAGUAAUUAUGUCGUCAGUCAUUACAGAUGGACAGUAUCAGCGUACACUGACCACGUCCCAGCAGAUUGCAAAUGGUUUGUAAAGAUGUCUAAUGCAUCUUCUGUGGAGGAUCGACAGGUUUUAGAACUGGGACUACCCAAUAGACAUCAGUUGUAUGUGCUCCUCCAAGGAUACACCAAAAAUGGUUUGUCGUCCACAAUUACUGCUCCAUUCAAGCUACCAACGGCGAUAAACGUUCCUUCAGUCCUUGAACUCAGACAGAAAGACAUAAAGAAAUAUGGGAGUACAUUGCGUGCAGCAAAUGUUGGACCCGUCCUUCAAGAAAUUCUAAACCUGGACGUCGACUUCAUAAGCCAUCCAUCUGAUCUAGGGGCUGUUUUAGUUGGCUCCCAACAUUCCAAGGUAUCCUGGUUUGUCACCAGACAUCCUAAGAUACCAGAUGACUGUGCGACGGAUCCAAUGUGUCACCAUUCUACAACAACAAACGGGAACAUCCUAAGUCUUGUAAAUGUAGAACUAUAUGAGGGCUACAAACACUUUGUCUGUACCAUGGCAAAGGAAGAAGUCAUCGUGCGGGAAAAGCAUUUUGCAGAGACACUUCCAGAGAUAAGGCUGUGUAGUAAUGGUUUCUAUAUCGACAGGACGCCACCUAGCGCAGGUCACGUGUCUGUUCUGAACUCAAUGAAUGGACACCUCUUGGAUUCAACUACGGUUGCGCUCUCGUGGCAGGGAUUUGUAGACCAAGAUGAAUUGGGGAACACUGUUAAUGGAGGCAUAAGGUCCUUUAGCUACGCCAUUGGCACAACUCCUUAUGCUCAAGACGUUGUUCGGUACACGGAAGUCCAGACAUCCACACACGUGAUUGUCAACAACAUAAGCCUGGUCAACGGAAUGGUGCAUUACUUCACUAUCAAGGGGACUGACUAUGUUGGACUGAGUUCGUUUGCGACUUCCAAAGGUAUAAUGGUUGACGCCACACCUCCUGACUGCGGGACAGUCCUUGUGGGUUCUCCUCAUAGACACUUUGCCUUAACCGGAAGUUCAAGUUUGCAAGUUCAUUGGAAUGGUAUCAAAGACGACGAGAGCGGCGUUUCCCGUACUGAACUGGCGAUAGGCUCAGGUCCCCAUCAACAGGACAUCAUGGCUUUGACGUCCUAUCACUCAACUACCGCCUUUCUUGAAGACCUUCCACUUCUGGACGGCCACACGUAUUAUGUUCAAGUUCAGGUUACAAAUGGGGCUAACGUGCAUAAGACAUGUCAUGCGCCGCCAUUCCUGUAUGACUCCACGCCUCCGGCAGCAGGAUUUGUAAGGGAUGGUUUACGGGAAGAUAUAGAUUACCAGGACAGACUUGAUAGCGUAUCUGUUAACUGGGGUGGAUUCAUUGACCCUCAUUCUGGAGUUCAGUCAUACAAGCUGGCCGUGCACGAAGAAGACCAAGAUCCAGCUUUUGCAAAUAUCGGGAACCGCACAGAAGUUCGUAUGCAGAAUCACCUGAAACCAGGAGUGAAGUAUAUCGCCACUGUCGAGGCAUGUAACAAUGUCGGUCUAUGUUCAAGAGCGACAUCUGACGGCGUGAUAGCUGACGCCACAGCUCCAAUUGCAGGCAUAGUCAAGACUGGGUUUGAAGGGAGUCAUGCACAUUAUGUCGCCGAAAAGUCAUCGGUGUCAGUGAGAUGGUUUGGUUUCCAUGAUGCAGAGAGUGGCAUAAAACGCUACAGCUGGUGUCUUGGCACAGAACCUUACAUAUGUGACAUUAAGAACAUGACCAACGUUUACUCGUCAUCGUCUGUCAUUGGUACUGGUCUACAGCUUCCAGAAGCGACCCGCCUCUAUGCUACAGUUUUGGCAGAAAACAGUGCAGGGUUAACCGUUAACCAGUCUUCACAGUUUGUGAUAAUCGAUGUCACCCCGCCCAAAGUUGUCAUUUCUCCGACAAUCGACUUGCAGGAUAUUCAAGUUUCCAGGCGUAAUGACACACAGUUUGAUCCGUCACAACUUAGGUGCACAUGGAAGUUCACCGAUGACAACAGUCCAGUGAUUAGCCAUCUUGUCAAAAUAAACACGCACCACGAUGGCGCUGUUCCCAUACCACCCGUUGAGCUUGGCGAUGUUGAUUUUGUUCAGUUAAAUUUGCCACGGAAUCAGACAUUAUCCGAUGGAGAUACAUACACUGUGUCCGUAACAGCUUGCAACGCAGCAGGCUUGUGUACAUCAUCAACUUCAGAACCAGUUCUUGUGGAUUCAUCUCCACCUCAUAUCGGAGGUUUCAAAGAACCUUUGAUUUGGACUAUAGUGGAUGGAGUGUCAUCCGUGAAUCUUUCUUGGACAGGAUUCGCAGACCCCCAUUCAGGGAUCAGUAACUACUACGUUGCCGUCGGUACCUCCUACAGUGACAGUAAUGUCACAGGUGGGGCUGUCCAAACCAAACACGAAAUCGGAGACCUUCAGACCAUUAAUAUCAACACAACUGUUGGUAUUAUACCAGGGCAAUUGUUAUUCCUUGCUUUAUGGGCAGAAAAUGGCGCUGGACUGAGAAGUCAUAUUGGUAGAAUCACGGUAAAGGUGGUCAGUGGCAAUUCUGCGCGCACUUCGGGAAUUUUGGACAUUGAAAAACACUCUUGCGAUAUCCAUUACUGUAAUUCUGACUGCACAUGCGCAGUGGUAGGUAGGAAAUGCAUGUCUGCUGGAGCGUUGCCUAAUUGCACAGCGGGAAAGGGAAAUACAGCCAAAAACAAGAUUGUCGUAGCAGACGGAAUAUUAUCGGAUGCUGCGUUUACGUGUUCUUCAAAAUGCCUUUGGGGACAUUGGUUUGGACCAAAAGCCAACGGCGGCUCGAUACAAAGAUAUGAGUGGAGUAUAGGUUUUUACAAUUCCACGGGCGGGGACGGUAUAUUUGACUUGACAACAGAGCAACCAUGGUUCGACAUUGGCCACUUGAAUUACUUUUCAUAUUGUCUUCCAGGUGGUAGAUUCCUUAACCACAAACAAAAGUAUGCUGUCUAUCUUCGUUCAUGGACAGACUUUAGCACAUUCACUGAAUACAUGUCAAAUGGUGUCAUGGUUGACCUAACACCGCCAUCACAGCGCCGAGGAAAACACGUGAUAGACUGUGGGGACCGUUGUGACGUUGACAUUGAAUUUUCAAGAAACAUGCAUACUCUCUCGGCAGACUGGACAGAUGUAUUUACUGACACCCAGAGCCAAAUUGAUCACUAUGAGCUGCACAUAGGAACAUUCCCCGAAGGCGAUGACGUUCAUGGUACAAUUGACCUUGGGCUAUCCACAAAUUUUACGUCACCUGACCUCGAACUUGUGGAAGGCGUCAGGUACUAUACGACCAUCGUGGCUUUUAACAAGGUUGGUCUGUCUUCGUCGUCCACUUCGGAUGGUGUAACCAUCGACAAUCAUAAACCAAUUACUGGUAAAGUGUAUAACACGGCCUUCUUUCAUAACAAGCCAAGUCAGCAGUCGGCGGAAACAAUUGGUGUCUCUUGGACAGGCUUUGAUGACUAUCAUUCCGGCAUAUCCCAUUACGAAGUGACCAUUGGUUCUUCCCCAGGUCUCGCGGACAUCCAUCGAAUAACUGACGUUGGGCUGAACAACGCCAUCAAACUGCAGGGUUUAAAUUUGACGCACGCCAGUAAUGUGUGGGCGUCUGUACGAGGCGUGGAUGCAGCAGGACUCGUGUCUGAAUGGGUACAUAGUGAGAGAUUGUUCAUUGAUAUAACACCGCCAACAGAUAACAUAUGUUACUCAUUUAAACAAGUCACCUUGCAAGUUCCAAGUUCAAAUCAUUCGCGGAGGGAGGUAUACAAGUUUAACAACGAUGAGAGUAUACUUAGUAUCAUUCCAUUGAACAUACCAAAGACCUUAUUUUACAAUGCUGGGAUGUUGGGUGUAACAUUACAUCCAGAUGACACCCAAACUGCUCUUACUUUGUCAUGCGAGGGCAUUCAGGAAUCAUUCGUUUGUAAGGAAUUGCCAAACAAGAUAUCAUGCUCAGUCUCAAUUUACAACUCUAUGAAAUCAUCAGCGCCAUAUGUUUGCCAGUUAGAAAGAUAUGGACAACCAAUCAGAAUUCAGGCAGCAACUGCUGUGAUCUGCAGCAGGAGCUCGGGGACACAUUCUAGUGGACCGGUACUAAGGCAGGUAGGACAGUCCUCCAUUGAGAUAACCCAUGGUAUCAAUGACCCUGACAGUGGUAUAAAGAGACACAUGGUAGGCCUUGGGACUACUAAAGGCGGAUUCCAAUUGCAGCCUCUUAUUGACAUAGGCAAAGCCACCAGUGCUGUCUUCGAUGUGUCUGCAGUACAUGGAACUCCAAUCUACGCCACAGUUAUUUCUGAAAACAACGCCGUGUCCACUGCUGCCUUCUUUUCUGAGGUCCUUAUUCUAGAUUGGACACCACCUAUUAUUCAUAGUGUCUACGUUUCUGUUCUUGAAACAGAAAACAAAACAUCUGACUACCAAGUUUGGGCUGAAUGGGAAGCAUUCGACAAUGAAACAACAGUAACCGGAUGCACCUGGACAAUGGGGCGGUCCACAAGCGCCCAAGACUUGAUACCUUGGCAACCAACAACCAACACUAGCCGCACAGGCCCUGUUUCUGUAACCCUUCAUCAAGGUGAAGAUGUCCACGUGACCAUACGGUGUAGCAAUAAAGUUGACCUGGUGACGGUCGCCAACGCUAAACUUGUGAAUAUUGUCACCAAACCACCGAUAUCCGAAAAUGCCAGUGUAUUCUCCAUGCUAACGAAUGACCGUCCUUUCCAUGCAUUUAAGCCAUACCAGUCCAUUAAUUCGAGCAUUCAUGUCUCCUGGUCGGGAUUUCUAGACAUUGUUGGCAUUCAUCGGUAUGUCGUACGUGUUCUGGGGCCAGAAAACCAAACUGUUGUGAACUGGACUGAUAGUGGACUACGUACAGACGUUUGCUUCGAUGGACUUUCUCUGAAAGAUGGACCCUACAGCGUGGAGGUAAUGGCUGAAAAUUCAGCUGGUAAAGUCAGUGAACCCAAGAAUACUGCUGUCUUUAUUUUGGCUACGACGCCAUUAUUCAAAGGCAUCAAACCCACUAUCGCAUGCCAGAAGGACGAGUGUACAGUAAACUGGCGCCAGACCUUUGACGGUUUUCCAAACACCCUUCCCCUUCGCUUUGAAGUGUGCUUUGGUUCCAAAGAGGGUUCCUGUGACACACUUCCUCCCACGGAGACUUUUGAAAUGACUUUGAAUAUACCCAGGGUGCCAGAUAUGUUGAAGAUUUACGGCUCGAUGACGGCAAUAUCACCAUCGGGGACGUAUACAACCGUUCAGGUAACCCCUUGAAUGGUGCAGGAAUGAAAUAAUUAAACUUUGCUUUGAAUAUAACCGUUACUGACAUUUUAGCAAUGCAAACGGUAAUAUUAGAACCGUUAUAAUGGUAUUUUGAAUUGUGAUUUUAAAGCAUGAUUGAUGUUUGAAUUUACAUAUCUGCUACUUGUGUGCGGAUAAACAAGGCUUAAUAUGUUAAGAGAGCUAUCAGACUGCGCUUGUAAUGAAAUUGUUUUAACAUUGUUUUAACCAUUUCUUGUUUAUCUAAGGCUGUCUUAAUUGUGUUUAAUAACCUUUUUAAUUAGUCGCAUAGCAAUUUUUGACUAAUGUGUGUCGUUAUUGUACCUACAUACACUGGACAAUAGAAGUGUCACCCCCUGAAUCAGAGUAAUCAAUGUUUUAAUGCCUGGUCUACUUAUAAUAUGAAC